CAAACUUGGACAAUGAAAUUUGGGUCACCGGUUUAAAAAUCUCACGCAAUAACAUCUCUUCCAAUUCUUCGUCUUCCCGAUUCAUUUAUCCAAUUUUCAAGGAUUUCUGAAUCUUUCAUUAGAAAUGCAAAUGCAAUGCGCCAUGGAAUUGGUGGUUUCGUUGCUAUGGAAUCAAGGGCAACGCCGACUCUGUCUCGAUUGGCCGACCUCCUCCUUGUUGCUUCCAUCACCAAAACCCUAUCGGAAUCAGGUACUCGAACCCUUCAACACCAAUCACUUUCAAUAUCGGAGCCUCUCCUCCUCCAAAUACUCCGUAGCAGAUCUGUUCAUCCUUCGAAUAAGCUCGAUUUCUUCAAAUGGUGCUCUCUCAGCCCUAAUUUCAGCCAUUCACCCUCCACAUAUUCUCAAAUCUUCCGUAUCCUCUGUCGCUCCGGAUACCUCCAUGAGGUUCCCCUUUUGCUCUCCUCGAUGAAGCGAGACGGUGUUGAUGUUGAUUCUCACACUUUCAAGGUCCUUCUCGAUGCGUUUAUCAGGUCUGGUAAAUUCGAUGAUGCUCUUGAUAUUUUAGACCAUAUGGAAGAGUUAGGGACUAGCUUGGAACUUAACACGUACAACUCUGUUCUCGUCGCUCUCGUCAGGAAAAACCAGGUGGGUUUGGCCUUGUCAAUUUUCUUUAAGCUCUUUGAUGCUUUUAGUACUGGAGGGCAAGAAGGUAGUGCUGUACCUAGUUUUUCCUUCUUGCCUAAUGCACUUGCUUGUAAUGAAUUGUUGGUUGCUCUUAGGAAAUCAGACAUGAGGGUUGAGUUCAAAAAGGUUUUUGACAAGCUUAGAACAAUUAGAAGCUUUGAGUUCAAUGUCUGCGGUUAUAAUAUAUGCAUUCAUGCUUUUGGAUGUUGGGGUUAUCUGGAUACUUCUCUUGCCCUGUUCAAAGAAAUGAAGCAAAGAAGCUUAGUUUCGGUGUCUUUCAGUCCAGAUUUGUGUACAUAUAAUAGCCUUAUUCAUGUGCUCUGUUUGGUAGGGAAGGUAAACGAUGCACUUAUUGUGUGGGAGGAACUUAAAGGGUCAGGUCAUGAGCCUGAUGCCUUCACAUACCGUCUUAUAAUUCAGGGUUGCUGUAAAUCUUACCGAAUGGACGAUGCUACCGCGAUUUUUAAUGAAAUGGAGUACAAUGGAUUUGUCCCAGAUACCAUUGUAUAUAAUUCUCUCCUUGAUGGGUUAUUUAAGGCUCGGAGAGUUGUUGAAGCAUGUCAAUUUUUUGAUAAAAUGGUGCAAGAAGGUGUUAGGGCUUCUCCUUGGACAUACAAUAUUCUAAUUGAUGGAUUAUUUAGGAAUGGAAGAGCUGAAGCUAGCUACACUUUAUUCUGUGAUUUGAAGAAAAAGGGUCAAUUUGUUGAUGGUGUUACUUACAGCAUCAUUAUACUGCAACUGUGUAAAGAGGGACUGCUUGAGGAAGCACUACAAUUGGUUGAAGAAAUGGAAGCGAGGGGCUUUGUUAUUGAUCUUGUUACUGUAACAUCUUUGUUGAUUGCAAUGCACAAGCAAGGGCAGUGGGAAGGGUUAGAGAGGCUCAUGAAGCACAUUAGAGAAGGUGAUUUGGUCCCCAAUGUGCUGAAAUGGAAGGCCAAUAUGGAAGAUUCAGUGAAGUAUCAGAAAAAUAAAAGGAAAGACUACUCACCUCUGUUUUCUCCAAAGGAGGAUCUGAGUGAGAUUAUAAGUUCAAGAGCUUCUUCUGUUGCUAAAGUUGAUGAUAUUUCCGAAAACACAGAAGAAAAAGAUGAUGACAAUUGGUCAUCAUCCCCACAUGUAGAUCUCUUGGCUAAUCUUGCUAAGUCUACAGGUGAUUCGUUGCAACCAUUCUCUCUUAGUCCAGGGCAACGAGUUCAAGCAAAAGGGGACAACUCAUUCGAUAUCGAUAUGGUCAAUACAUUUUUGUCUAUUUUUCUAGCAAAGGGAAAAUUGAGCUUAGCUUGUAAGUUGUUUGAGAUCUUCAGCGAUAUGGGCGUGAACCCAGUGAGGUACACUUACAAUUCAAUGUUGAGUGCAUUUGUGAAGAAGGGAUACUUUGAGCAGGCAUGGGGUAUAUUUAACGAAAUGGGCGAGAAGGUAUGUCCAGCUGAUAUAGCCACGUAUAAUGUGAUAAUUCAAGGACUCGGGAAGAUGGGUAGAGCAGAUCUUGCAAGUUCGGUUCUGGAAAAGCUAAUGGAGCAGGGUGGCUAUCUCGAUAUCGUAAUGUACAACACGUUGAUGAAUGCGCUGGGGAAGGCAGGUCGAAUGGAUGAUGUAAAUAAGCUUUUUGAGCAAAUGAGGAGCAGUGGGAUAAACCCAGAUGUUGUCAGUUUUAAUACACUUAUUGAAGUUCACAGCAAAGCAGGUCGGUUUAAGGACGCUUACAAAUUUUUGAAGAUGAUGCUGGAUUCGGGCUGUUCCCCGAACCAUGUCACGGAUACAAUUUUGGAUUUCCUAGGGAGAGAGAUUGAGAAAGCGAGGUAUGAAAAAGCUUCAAUCAUGCGUGAGAAGAACAGUUCUUGACUUUCCUGUUAACAUUGGAGUUAUUGUCUUUUUUCAUUUCUAUUGCAAUUUUCUGUAGUCUUCCUGUAAGAAUGGGAUCUAGUUUGUUUGUGAAUAAGUAUUUAAAAGUCGGUCUAAUUUACUUGAUCGAGUAAUUUUCCUGUU